CAACAGUAAUAAUAAAAAUAAAUAUGUAGAUUAAAAAGCAACAACGUAGCAGUUUCUAAACCUUGAAAGAAUUUGACAUUUCCAACUCAGCUUAUGUGUGAGCACGUGAGAUCAUAUGCUCAGAUGUGACACGCGCCGCUGUGUCUUUACAUUCAGAGUAGCGAAUCACAAAUCGGUUACUGGCGUUUGCUUGACAUUUACGCAUUAUUCAAUUUCACCCGUUAAAAUGGGUGUGACCUAUGUACGUGAGGGCACGGUCACACGAAAUAUUUUAACAUGCUCGUCGACGUGCUCAAUUGGACACAGUGAUAGUGGAGAGCACCUAUAAAUGCCACGCAGGAGUGGGACAGUGAGUCAACUGAAUCUGAGCGGAAAACUCCGAGAGCUUAUCAAGUAAGCAUAAAAAGAUAGUUUUAGCACUGUAAUUUAAUAAUAAUAAUUUAUUUUCCAUUUAACGUUAAUAGGAAAUUAAAGUAGCUAGAUUCAAUGGAAUACCAAAAGGCGGCAGAAUUGAACGGCUUAUGCAAUGGCAAAAUUGUCACGGAGUAUCUCUGCCGCAAAGGAUUCGGCGAACUGUCAGACACCAAAAAAGUCGCUGUCCAGCACAAAAACGAGACGUCCCGGAAAAAGGAGGAGGAUGAGUCCCAGUUACCGGCUCUGGAAGCGGCAUACACAACUAUACUGCAAGGUCUGGGAGAAAAUACUGACCGGCAGGGUCUCCUUAAAACACCACUGCGGGCAGCCAAAGCCAUGCAGUUCCUCACCAAAGGAUACCACGAAACUAUCUAUGAUGUCCUUAAUGAUGCAAUCUUUGAUGAGGACCAUGAAGAGAUGGUCAUUGUGAAAGAAAUCGAUAUGUUUUCUCUUUGUGAACAUCACCUAGUACCAUUUUUUGGCAAGGUUCACAUAGGCUAUCUUCCGAGUAAAAAGGUUGUUGGCCUCAGUAAGCUUGCAAGAAUUGUUGAAAUCUACAGUCGCAGACUUCAAGUACAAGAACGACUAACCAAGCAAAUAGCAAUGGCAAUUUCUGAAGCCCUGCAGCCGGCAGGUGUGGCCGUUGUCAUCGAGGCGGCUCACAUGUGUAUGGUCAUGCGUGGAGUGCAGAAGAUGAACAGCCGUACCGUGACCAGUGCCAUGCUGGGCGUGUUCAGAGAGGACCCAAAGGCGCGAGAGGAGUUCCUGGCCCUGACCAAAAAUGCUUAGCAAUUCACACAUUGCUGCUCCAACUCCACCGAGGUGCUUAUAAGCAGACAGGUCAAUGGUUAUUCUGGAACCCUCCAUGGUGCUUAGAGAAUCUAACUGAGAGAGAACUGUAGAUCUUUCCUGAUCUUUGUCUGCAGGUGAAACUCAGGGGUCCUCACUGUCUGCGUGUAUUAAAAGUUUAAUUUGUAAAAUGUGAAUCUUAUAAGGAUCAGUGACACUACACUGUUUAAUUCCCUGGCAUAUUGUAAAACACUUAAAGGAACACGCCCACAUUUUGGGAAUUAAGCUUAUUCACCGUAUCCCCAAGAGUUAGAUAAGUCCAUGCGUACCUUUCUCAUCUCUGUGUGUGCUGUAACUCU